CCGCCCCGGCCGGCUCAUCCCUGCGGCGGCUGCCUGGGCGGCGCGGCGCGCGGCCGUUCGCCAUGUACACCUUCGUGGUGCGCGACGAGAACAGCAGCGUCUACGCGCAGGUCUCCCGGCUGCUGCUCGCCACCGGCCACUGGAAGAGGCUGAGGCGAGACAACCCCCGGUUCAACCUGAUGCUGGGAGAGAGGAACCGGCUGCCCUUCGGGAGACUGGGUCACGAGCCUGGGCUGAUGCAGUUGGUGAAUUACUACAGGGGGGCAGACAAACUGUGUCGCAAAGCUUCUUUAGUGAAGCUAAUCAAGACAAGCCCAGAACUGGCUGAGUCCUGCACAUGGUUCCCCGAGUCCUAUGUGAUUUAUCCAACUAAUCUCAAGACCCCAGUUGCUCCAGCGCAGAAUGGAAUCCACCCACCAAUCAAUACUUCAAGGACAGACGAAAGAGAGUUCUUCCUGGCUUCUUAUAACAGAAAGAAAGAAGAUGGAGAGGGCAGCGUUUGGAUUGCAAAGUCAUCCGCCGGUGCCAAAGGUGAAGGCAUCCUCAUCUCCUCGGAGGCUACAGAGCUUCUGGAUUUCAUAGACAACCAGGGCCAGGUGCACGUGAUCCAGAAAUACCUUGAGCACCCACUGCUUCUGGAGCCAGGUCAUCGCAAGUUUGACAUUCGAAGCUGGGUUUUGGUGGAUCAUCUGUAUAAUAUCUACCUCUAUAGAGAGGGGGUGCUUCGGACUGCUUCAGAACCAUAUCAUGCUGAUAAUUUCCAAGACAAAACCUGCCAUUUGACCAAUCACUGCAUUCAAAAGGAGUACUCAAAGAACUAUGGGAAGUAUGAAGAAGGGAACGAAAUGUUCUUUGAAGAGUUCAACCAGUACCUAACAAGUGCUUUGAACAUUACCCUGGAGAGUGGUAUCUUACUACAAAUCAAACAUAUAAUAAGAAGCUGCCUCAUGAGCGUGGAGCCCGCCAUCAGCACCAGGCACCUCCCUUACCAGAGCUUCCAGCUCUUUGGCUUCGACUUCAUGGUGGACGAGGAGCUGAAGGUCUGGCUCAUUGAGGUCAACGGUGCCCCUGCUUGUGCUCAGAAGCUUUAUGCAGAACUGUGCCAGGGCAUUGUGGACAUAGCCAUAUCUAGUGUCUUUCCGCCGCCAGACACGGAGCAGCAGCCGACCCAGCCAGCUGCAUUCAUCAAGCUGUGACUGAGGGAGGCGUGCAGAGCUGGAGCCUGCUCCAGGGGAAGGUGAAAUGUCCGGAUUGCUCGUUAUCAAGCCAAAACAGGAGAGAGAGGUAACUCGUAAAGAUGUGAUGGAAGAGAGAGCAUCAGAAGAAAAAGCGGCUUCCCCGAAGAAUGGUUGCUCGGAGUUCCCAGGUGGAGCUCUCAACCCUGCUCUUGAGAUCUGAAAACUGCAAUGAUGUGGCCUCCUGAAAAGGAGGGGGGAGCAAAUAUUCUGUGGGGAAAAAACAGGGAUUUGAUUACUUUAUGUUCUCAUCCUUUAAAAAAUCUGAUAUUUAUCCUAAGGCAGCGUUGUGAGCAGCGCCUCUCCUCCGAGGAUUGCAGACCGUUGGACCUUUGGUUGGUGUCUUUCCACCUGCUGCAGCCUUAGUGCCUUAGCUCUGUGCCCAGCUGCAACCCUUCUGUCUGGACAAGGAUUGGACGUGAGAGCAUUUGGGAGGUUGCCGAUGUGUUCCCUGCUCGUCCCCCUCCAUGACGCUCUGCCCCACGAAAAUCUGGACAGCGUGCACCAACAGUCCUUGGUUUUGUGCCGUGCACCACCUCGCAGCAAACGGGAUUUUCCUCAUCACGUUCCCGAUGGCAUUGGGUCAAGCACCUGUCAGGGUUGCUGUGGGCUGGACACCUAAACAGCAAACGCUGCUCUCAGUCUGCUCUCUGCAUGUUUCAGACACCAAGCAGCAGGUCUGCUGCAAACCCGUAAGCAUCAAAUAAGCAUGAGAGAGAAAAAACACGAUGUCUUGCUUUACUUAAUAGUUGGGUGUGAUGGGUCUUUGAAAUAUGAUGAUUCUCAGUUAUCUUUGUUUUAACCAGAAUUCUAUGUGCACUUUUGCAAAGUUCCCUUUUCUUCACUUUUUGUUUUUGUUUCUGUUUUAACUUUUGUAAAAACCCCUCUAGGGGUCAGGAGAAGGCAGAAUUCCACUGCCCCCCACCCAGGUGGCACUGCCCCAGACACAGGGAGCUUUCCCCCAGUUUGUUCUCCUUGCUCUCCAAGCACCUUCUGCAGGAGCUGGAAGGGCAGGUUUUGUUCCAGGGAGGAUUCUAUCUGCUUGUGCCUCUCGACAUCAGGGAGAGGCUCUGAAUGUGUAUGUCUCGCGUGAAUGGGAGAGUCUCCUAAAACGGGAAGGAGGUGGUUUCAGAGCACCACACAGCAUCUUGUAAGUCAACAAAUGUGCCCCGUUAGGUGUAGUUUCCACUUACUGGAUUGACGAAUAUUCUAUAGACUUUUCAGGAGGCCACAUUACUAGCAGUGGGAAGAAUAAGAUGCCAUUUGUGUUCAGUGUGAGCUGAGUGAACAGGCCCAGAGUAUACUGGGAACAACAGCCAAACCACUGAAAAGGCACCCUCCUCCCCAGAACGUACUGUGUUCUUCCUUCGUGCAUAUGUGUGCUCCAUUAUUCAUUUCUACUUGGCACAAGUAAACAGUUCUGCAGUCAGGGGAUACUUCUUCAAAAAGAGAAGAAAAAGCAACACCUCCUCAAACAUGAUGAGAUGUGGGAGCUUACAGGGAAAAAAAGGAAUAGUGAU